CAUACUUGGAAGGCGUUUCUUGAGCUGGGAUGAAUUUGAGAAGUCAUUAGCAGAAUUCCAAAAAUUGUCCUGCACUCAUUAUGUUCAUACUUAUAGCAAAACGAUACCGGAUGACAGAUUUAAGUACGCUUUUGUUGGUUUUAAAUGCACUUUUGGAGUGAAUCGUACAAGACCUGGAUUGAAAUUGAAAAAUAAGUCGUAAGAAGAAGUGUAGUAUUAUUUCAUGAAUAUUUCAGGUCUAAAUGUUGCAAUUGCUCGUCUUCAUUUCGCGUGGUUUUGCGUUAUAGUGAAUACAUAAUUGCUUCCCACAAUAUGGUACAUAACCAUCCAUGCAGCAGGGUGUACAUGCAGAAUGACCCAUGGUAUAGACGACUAACAGUUGAAGAGAAAGAAAAUGUGGAACCACUUCUUCAGCAAUCCCACUCAUCCGAUGAAAUAAUAAUGCAUGUUAAGGAGAAGUACCACAAGGAUAUAACUCGCAUUGACGUUAAAAAUAUGAAAGCCGCAGUUACUAAAGGUAACGUUGACGUACUUGUUAUAUACUUAAGGUAUUUCGAGUCGUCGUGACAUUUUUGAAUUCCUAAAAUCCCGUGGGAAGUUAAUGGAGUAUUAUUCCGAUGAACCGAUCAGGAAUUCACUAACAAGAAUUUGUUUUGCAACUUAUGAGCAAAUGGAAUUGUAUAAACAGUUCCCUGAAGUUGUUGGUAUCGAUUCAACGUAUAAUACAAAUAAAGGGAAGUAUUCUUUGUUCCAGUUACUUGUGACGGAUAAUUUUGGUCGUGGACGACCGGUUUUAUUUGCGUGGACUAGAAAAGAAUUCAAACGAGAUGUAGUUUGGAUAUUAGACUGUUUCCGUCAAAUAAUGGAAGACACCUCAAAAACAGAAUCUUUCAUUAUGGAUUGUGCGCAAGCUGAAAUAGCAGCCGUCAAGUUAACGCACAGACAAGCGCACAUUGUUUUGUGUUCUUUCCAUGUUUGCCGAGCCUUCUGUCGUAAAACAAGAAAUCCCAUUGUGAAGAACUAUUUAUGCCGUCUAGUGCAGUGUAAAAAAGAUCAGAAUUUAAUUUCUAUUUCAGAGUUUUUAGCAGAUUGGAUGCUACUGUCAGUCAAUAUCUACAACGUCGUUGGAUGCAUCGACGAGAAUUGUGGGCAGCAUGUUUCAGAGACAACGUGCUGACUUUUGGGAAUGAUACAAAUAAUCGCGUCGAGAGCUCCCACAAGCAAAUGAAACGGUACUUGCAAAGAUCUGAUAGUCUGCAUAAAAGUAUGCUGAAGGUGUAUAAAUGGUAUAAACGAAGUUUUUCAAGAAUACAGCAGGAGGCGAUUAUUGCUCAGUCGCGAUGCUUCACUUAUCCCUGUUCACAACGU